CCGCCUUGCGUUUGUUCCGGUCGCAGAGGAGACACCGCCGCAGUUGCCGCCACAUCGGGGAUUUCUGGCUCUUUCCUCUUCGCCUUAAAUUCGGGUGUCUUUUAUGAAUAAUCAAAAGCAGCAAAAGCCAACGCUAUCAGGCCAGCGUUUUAAAACCAGAAAAAGAGAUGAAAAAGAGAGGUUUGACCCUACUCAGUUUCAAGACUGUAUUAUUCAAGGCUAUUACCGCCGAUAUGCAGAAACACUCUUUGACAUUCUGGUGGCUGGUGGAAUGCUGGCCCCAGGUGGUACACUGGCAGAUGACAUGAUGCGCACAGAUGUCUGUGUGUUUGCAGCACAAGAAGACCUAGAGACCAUGCAAGCAUUUGCUCAGGUUUUUAACAAGUUAAUCAGGCGCUACAAAUACCUGGAGAAAGGUUUUGAAGAUGAAGUAAAAAAGCUGCUGCUGUUCUUAAAGGGUUUUUCAGAGUCGGAGAGGAACAAGCUGGCUAUGUUGACUGGUGUUCUUCUGGCUAAUGGAACACUUAAUGCAUCUAUUCUUAAUAGCCUUUAUAAUGAGAAUCUGGUUAAAGAAGGGGUUUCAGCAGCUUUUGCUGUAAAGCUCUUUAAAUCAUGGAUAAAUGAAAAAGAUAUCAAUGCAGUAGCUGCAAGUCUUCGGAAAGUCAGCAUGGACAACAGACUGAUGGAACUUUUUCCUGCCAAUAAGCAAAGUGUUGAACACUUCACAAAGUAUUUUACUGAGGCAGGCUUGAAAGAGCUUUCAGAGUAUGUUCGGAAUCAGCAAACCAUAGGAGCUCGUAAGGAGCUCCAGAAAGAACUUCAAGAACAGAUGUCCCGUGGUGAUCCAUUUAAGGAUAUAAUUUUAUAUGUCAAGGAGGAGAUGAAAAAAAACAACAUCCCAGAACCAGUUGUCAUUGGAAUAGUUUGGUCAAGUGUAAUGAGCACCGUGGAGUGGAACAAAAAAGAGGAGCUUGUAGCAGAGCAAGCCAUCAAGCACUUGAAGCAAUACAGCCCUCUACUUGCUGCCUUUACUACUCAAGGUCAGUCUGAGCUGACUCUGUUACUGAAGAUUCAGGAGUAUUGCUAUGACAACAUUCAUUUCAUGAAAGCCUUCCAGAAAAUAGUGGUGCUUUUUUAUAAAGCUGAAGUCCUGAGUGAAGAACCCAUUCUGAAGUGGUAUAAAGAUGCACAUGUUGCAAAGGGGAAAAGUGUCUUCCUUGAGCAAAUGAAAAAGUUUGUAGAGUGGCUCAAAAAUGCUGAAGAAGAAUCUGAGUCUGAAGCUGAAGAAGGUGACUGAAUUUUGAAACUACACCCUCAGUAAAGCAAACAGGAGUUGUAGAUAAAAUGUCAUGUCUCAUGUG